GACACAACGACCCCUGAGCCUCCCGGUGACACAACCACCCCUGGGCCUCCCGGCGACACAACGACCCCUGAGCCUCCCGGCAACACAACCACCCCUGGGUCUCCUGGCGACACAACGACCCCUGAGCCUCCCGGCGACACAACGACCCCUGGGCCUCCCGGCGACACAACCACCCCUGGGCCUCCUGGCGACACAACGACCCCUGAGCCUCCCGGCGACACAACGACCCCUGAGCCUCCCGGCGACACAACCACUCCUGGGCCUCCUGGUGACACAAUGACCCCUGAGCCUCCCGGCGACACAACGACCCCUGGGCCUCCCGGUGACACAACCACCCCUGGGCCUCCCGGCGACACAACGACCCCUGAGCCUCCCGGCAACACAACCACCCCUGGGUCUCCUGGCGACACAACGACCCCUGAGCCUCCCGGCGACACAACGACCCCUGGGCCUCCCGGCGACACAACCACCCCUGGGCCUCCUGGCAACACAACGACCCCUGAGCCUCCCGGUGACACAACCACCCCUGGGCCUCCUGGCGACACAACGACCCCUGAGCCUCCCGGCGACACAACGACCCCUGGGCCUCCCGGCGACACAACGACCCCUGGGCCUCCCGGUGACACAACCACCCCUGGGCCUCCUGGCGACACAACGACCCCUGAGCCUCCCGGUGACACAACCACCCCUGGGUCUCCUGGCGACACAACGACCCCUGAGCCUCCCGGUGACACAACGACCCCUGGGCCUCCCGGUGACACAACCACCCCUGGGCCUCCCGGCGACACAACGACCCCUGAGCCUCCCGGCGACACAACGACCCCUGGGCCUCCCGGUGACACAACCACCCCUGGGCCUCCCGGCGACACAACGACCCCUGAGCCUCCCGGCGACACAACCACCCCUGGGUCUCCUGGCGACACAACCACCCUGGCACCCCCCAGCAACACGACCUCCUCCAACCCCCUCAGCACUGCCACAGUGGUUAGCCGUUUCUCUCUCUCGUUCCGCAUUGUGAACAGGAUCUUCAACAGCUCCCUUCGCGACCCCACCACCAGUUACUACCAGGAGUUGGAGAUCAGAGUCCGGAUCAUGUAUGGCAAGAUCUAUGGCUGCCCAACGUGCCCGAAUGGGCAGAACUACCUGGGAUUGACUGAUCUGCGUUUCAGCCAGGGCUCGGUGGUGACAGAGUCCGUCCUGCUGUACCGAGUGAGCGACGACACCAGCAUCAGCGCCGCCGACAUUGAGCAGCAGCUGAGACAAAGGCUGGGCAGGAAUAACAGCUUUGAUGGGCUCCAGCUGGACAGUAUCCGCGCCAGUUUUAUCGGAACAAGUUCGCCCACCUCGGCGCCAGCACCCCUGGUGCCCGGCUGGGGCAUCGCCCUGCUGGUCCUGGUCUGCAUUGGGCUGGUGCUGAGCAUUCUCCUCUUCAUCCUGCUGAUCGUCUGCUCGUACCGCAGGAGGAGCCGUGGGAAGCUGGAUCUGCUCAGCUCACAUACCUCGUACCAGCCCAGGAGCGAGUACCCCACCUACCACACCCACGGGCGCUUCAGCGCCCCCGGCAAGAAGCAGAACCCCUACAGUGACAUCGCCGCCGGCAACGGCACCAACGCCUUCUACGCCAACCCUGCCACGUCACAGAAUCUCUAGGGGGCCACCCCGAGGACCGGCGGGAGCAGAGCUCCCAGCAUCGCCGCGUGCUUCCUGCAGCUGGACUCCAGGGUGCCGGGCAGGGCGACAAGGCAGCCCCGGGCAGGGGUUUGCUGCACAGGGGGUUGGAUUCACAAUUGGGGAGGGGGUGACUGCCCCCCCGACCCUGCAACCCCUGGCCCUGCGAUUGAGCCACAUGGGGCGAGUACUAAUGGGGCAAAUACCUCUCUCGCUCCACAAGGGAGAGCAAAGGGGCUGCCCCAUAUAUCCCCCCCCAAGCCAACCAGCCUGGGCAGUGCAGGGAGUGGGGCAGGGACUCCCCAGGGGUUGCGUUGGCCUGCACCGCUGGCCUGGGGCUCUGUUUUUGUACCUGUGAUCUGUAACCACGCCGUUCUGUGAUGGCCGCCCCGCUGUGACGGAGAAGUGGGGGUCACAAUGUCCUUGGGAAGGUCUGUAUUUAUAGGGGUGCACAAUAAAGGGAU